ACCUUCACUUUGGGGGCUGUUGGAUCUGCUGUGUUGUCCUGUGAGAAGGAUGCUUUUCCAUAGAGGGGCAUGUUCUUUGAGUCUUCCUACCUUCACGGCUCUGAAGAAAGGUUGGAAUUCCACACAUCUGUUUUCCUCCAUGCUAGAGAUUGGAAAAAUUCUAACAACUCCACGCUGCUUCUCCCAAUGCUCCCAAUGCUCCCAAUGCUCAGGGCAUUGGCCUCCACCAAUGAGGAGAGAUUCCCAUGCCAGUGGGCCUCAGAGCUUGGUCUACAAUACUUAUCCUGCCAACCUCAUGGGAUUGUGAUUAUAACAAGGUGAAGAGAAGCAGGACAAAAAGUGGGGAAAACAAAUCUUUUGGUCCUCUUAUUGUGGAAUUUGCACAGAUGGAGCAAAAUGGAUGACUAGGAAAUAUUGGGAGCCUGUUCCAUCAAUAAAAAAUGAAUAUGAAUACAGCAUGGACACACUGGAGCACGCACUAACAAGGGGCCUUAAAAGAACAUCUUGGAGGGAAGGAUAGGCCUGGACUCCCAGCCAAGGUGAGAAAAGAUGGGGAGUCUAGGGAGAAGCUUUCUGGUGCUAUGUGUGGCCAUUACCAUUGCAACACUUUCUGCUCAGCAAAGGGAGAGACUGAGUGACCAAGAAGCUAUAUCCCUGUUACUGGCUACCUACAACAGAGAGUCCAAUGAUGAUUUCAUCUAUGGGCUCCUUCAAGCCAAAUCUGUCUCUGACCAGGCUGAGAAACGGAUCCUGAGUUUUACCAUCCAGGAAACUAAGUGCCUUAAGUCAGAGAAUCUGAACCCUGACCAGUGUGAAUUCAAAGAAGGUGGGCUGGUGAGAGACUGCUCAGGAGAAAUUUCCUCUGAGCAACGUCCCCCGGUGGUUCUAGUCUCUUGUGACCUGUCUGCACAGGAGCCUCAAGCCCAGGGAGUGUCAGAUGCUGAUCCAUCACCAGUCCAUGGCCGUCGUGGCGGAAGAGGAAGGCGAGGAAGGGGAGGAAGGCCUCGACCUGGACCCUUCCCUGGGCCCUUCCCCAGGCCUCGACCCGGACCCUUCCCUGGGCCCUUCCCCAGGCCUCGACCUGGACCCUUCCCUGGGCCCUUCCCCAGGCCUCGACCCGGACCCUUCCCUGGGCCCUUCCCUGGCCCUCCGCUUGACCCCAAUCAGCCUGGCCCCAAUCUACCUGACUAUGACCUUGACUUCCCUUGA